AAUAGACAUUCGGUUCAAUUAUGUUCCUCGUUUACAGCUCUCCAAACCAAAAAGUAGGCAAAGAGAGAUAAAUUACAGAAUAUCCCCAGAGAACAUAAUCUGACGAAGACAUUUUCUGGUCAAUUCGAAGAAGAAGUUACUGUUCAAGAUUCCCCGAAUGUUCUUCCUUGGCUUCGAAUAUCAGUAGGGUUCCGGAUUCCGAUUUGACUUUGAUUUCUGUCGAAAUCUGCUGCGUUUCAAACAUGGAUCAUAAUCUAGAUGAGAACGAGAGCCUAAGGGCUCGGGUUAUACAACUCGAGCAUGAGCGUAAUGAACUACAGAAAGAUAUUGAACAGUUGUGCAUGCAACAAGCUGGACCUAGCAUUCUUGGUGUGGCUACUCGGAUGCAUUUCCAGAGGACAGCUAGCUUGGAGCAGGAGAUAGAGGCCUUAAAAAUGAAGUUGGCUAAUUGCUCAAGGGAGAAACACAAUCUUCAAGAGGAACUUACAGAAGCUUACCGGGUCAAAGCUCAGUUAGCAGAUUUACAUGCUGGAGAAGUAGCAAAGAAUAUGGAAGCAGAGAAGCAGGUUAGGUUUUUCCAGGGCUCGGUGGCAGCUGCUUUUUCUGAAAGGGAUCAAUCAGUUAUGGAGGCUGAGAAAGCUAAAGAGAAAGCUGAAAGGAUGUCAGAGAAACUUAGUGAAAUUGAAAUGCGGUUAGAAGAACUCAGCUCCGAUUGUCUCGUACAGAAGAGACUAAAUGACACUUUGCAAGCUGACGUGGCAAAACUUGAAGAACAGACUAAAGUCUAUGCAGAGGUGAUUGAGAAGUUCUAUGAUAUUCGUAAAGCUUCGCUCUGUGAGUCCCUUGAAGUGAAUUUGCAUGACAAGUGUGCAAGUUUAUUGGAUGAUCCUAAAGAAUCAUGGACUUUUAAUGAUCCCUCAACAUCAGAAUAUGUAGCUGCGCUUGAAGGAGAGUUGGGGAAUGUUAAGAAGACUGUGGAUAAUCUUAAAAGUAAACUACGAGUUGGCUUAGAAAUUGAGAAUCAUUUGAAGAAGAGGGUUCAUGCCUUGGAAAAGAAGAAUAUUGUUGCAGAUGGGCUGAUUGUCGAUGGAAUUGCAGAUGUGCGCCAUCAUCAUUCUCAAUUGAGGGACUACAUCAUUAAUUUACUUAAUGAGGAAGGACUAUACAUUAAAUCGAUUUUCGAAGAUCUAGAGGAAAAACUUAAACUUCGUUCAUCGGAAAUACAGAAUGUAGUGCCACUGCAACAUGAUUUGAAGCCAGAUGAAUCUGAAUGCCGGGAUGUGCAUAUAACCACAGCUGUUGAUUCUUGCCAAGUAAUUAAGCAUGAGGAACCUAGUUUUGGUAAAAUCACCGCUGAAAGUAGAGCUGAUGCAUCUGAAGCCCUUGCACAAGCAUUACAAGAGAAGCUUCAGGAACCUAUUUUCACCAAAAUCGCCGCUGAAAGUAGAGCUGAUGCAUCUGAAGCCUUUGCACAAGCACUACAAGAGAAGGUUGGAGCUCUUUUACUUUUAUCACAGCAGGAAGAAAGAUAUUUACAUGAAGAAAAUAUCAAUGCAGCUCUCCAACGGAAAGUAGAUGAGCUUCAAAGGAAUGUCUUGCAGGUUACAAACGAAAAGGUGAGAACCCUUAUGGAGUUAGCACGACUACGACAGGAAUAUCAGUCGCUAAAAGACAAAAUGAGUGGUACAAGAGAUGGAGAAGCAACGGAGAAAAGUGGCGGUAUGGUUAUGAGCAAUGAGAAAGAGGGAAGACUAAAGAAUAUGUGGAAGAAGUCUUACAUAAAUCGUUGGAUUGACCCAAGUUCAAGAGAAGGCGGAAGUCACUCGAACACUGAAGCAGAUAAUGCUGGUAACAUUGAUUAUGCUAGAAUGAAAGUAGAAUACGCAGCUGUAAAAGAGAGCCUCGAAAGCAUGGGGCACUUGACUACUUCAAUCCGCAGGCUUCGUCUAGCGCUCUUGAAGGUAAAGGAGACGAAUGAUACUGAAACAGCUGCGAGAACUUGCGAAGUAGCGAUUUCCAACAUCCUUGUGGAGGCAACCCAUUUAAAGACUGCCCUUGGCAUCUCCAUACCCAUUAGCUGGUCGGCUGAAUCAGACAUGGAAUCAGUUGCUGAUGGUGAAUCAAGCUGUGAUAAGACGGAUUCUGUUUCUGCUGCAGGGUUUGAGAUGGUGGAGCUUGUUAUUCUAGCAGCCGAGAUACUGAAAGAACAACACAACUGAGACUCAUUCUUUAGUUUCCAUACAGGCAUUGUGAGUUGGAUACGUGCAUAUGAUUUAUGGAGAAACUUAUCAUAAAUUUCGAAUCUUUAUUAGUCGUCAGGUUGGUUUAAUACUGUGUAUUCCAUGAGAAUAUAAUUUUGAUUGGGUUGUUGUUUUUCAGCAUUCUAAUAAGAAGAGAAAUAAUACA